UUCCUGUCCUCAUCUGUGUCUGCGUUUGAUCAAAGCCGAGAAGAAAAAAAAUCCAAAAAUGCGUAAUCGGUCACAAAUCUCUCUGUGCAAAUGCCUUCUGAGAUACCCUUUUGAAUCAUAUCCAAAGCCCACAUCUUCGUUACUCAUUAACUCGCUUUCAGCGAUUCCUAUUCAAUUCGUCCACAACUCAGCCCCAUGCCCAAAACCCAACCUUCUUCAAUACCCAACGUUCCAAAACUCACCAAGCCAACACAUAAUCCACCAAAAUCAUAGGAAGUACAGCACUGGGUCAGCAUCCGAGUUGGAUGUGAACAAGGAGGUCGAUUCAAUCAACCUCAAGUUUGCAGAAGCAAGAGAGGAGAUAGAGAUGGCAAUGGAGUCCAAAGAGACUGUUUAUUUCAACGAAGAAGCGGAAUGUGCUCGCGCUGCUGUUAAAGAGGUUCUGGACAUGUUUGAAGGGCUUCUGGCGAAGCUACCCGAGUCGGGAAAGGCGGCUUUGCAGCGCUCAAUGGGACUCAAGAUUGAGCAGUUGAAGGCUGAGCUUCAGCAAUUGGAUGAUUGAUUAGGUCAAUUCGAAUGGGUUUCUGCUCAAAAUCAACGCGUUGAAUUUGCUUUGCUUCAUUUGUCACACUUGAUAGAGAAUUAGAGAUGACGGAUUAGUGACUUUAGAAGUGACCUUUGAUUUUGUUGAAAAAGAAUUUGAUUUUGAAUAAAGUGUUAGUAUGCUUUUA